CCUACACGCUCAGUUGACCAGCGUCGCAACUGAGCGUCGCUCCUCCGCGGGGAAGAUACUCUUUUUUAAAUUCUUCUCCUCCUCACCUGGCUUUUUUUUCAUCGGCAAUGACUUUGGCUUCUUUGACUUAAAUCAUCUCCUGGACAAGGUUUUCUUUCGUGAAAACUCCUCGCUUAAGUAGUAUUUCUCAUCAUCAACGAGUCCUCCGCGGAAGGAUCUGCUUUUUUCUCCUUACCUUUAAAAAAAUAAAUAUAUCCACGACGAUGAUGAUGAUAAAGAUGAUGGAAAUGGGACAAGAUCACGUUUGAUUUUGGUGUUUGCUGUCGUGUCGUUGGAAGCAUCUUCAGAGGAGGCUGUCUGCUAGGAGAAGCUGACGUUUUGGAGCAGUGUCGCGGACAUCGAAGGCGACAUGCUCUCCUCGGACGAGCCGCUGGACCUGAAGCUUCCCUCCGGGAGGACGCGUUGUCCCCUCAGACUGGGGAAGAGGACGUCAUCCUCCAUCUGCGCGCCCCUCAGCGCCACACGCCCUCGUCUUAUCUACACCACUUUCCCGUCCCCGCCGUCGUCCCCAGAUUCCCAGUCCACCUGCCAUGAGCGACCCGGGUCCUGCUUCACUCCUCCAGCCAUGGACCUCAGCCUGUCCCCUUCGUCCCGACACGCAUCCUCUCUCUCCCCUUCUCCCUCCUCCCCGUCCCUCUCAUCCCCUCCGUCCCCUGCAGAGUCCCCCUACAGCAUCAGCAGACCACACUCCCUCUCACGGGAAGCAGCACAUCAUAGAGGAAUGGAGGGCGACUCGUCACCUCAGCGUUAUCCUUUCUAUCUGCCAAUGGCGAGCCCGCCGGCAGGUUACAGCUUUCCUUCCUCUUUACUGAUUGGUCAGAAGAGAGGGAUGCAAGUUUCACCUGAGCCCUCAUUGGACGCUCAGCUCACCUGCCGCUGGAUGAAGUGCCACCUGCUGUUUGAGUCGCUGCAGGACCUGGUGGACCACAUCAACGACUCCCACGUCAAGCCCGAAAAGGAUUCCGGUUAUUGUUGCAAGUGGGAGGGCUGCGCUCGCAAUGGGCGGGGCUUCAACGCCAGGUAUAAAAUGCUGAUUCACAUCCGCACACACACCAACGAGAAACCCCACCAUUGUCCCACCUGUAACAAGAGUUUCUCCCGCCUGGAGAACCUGAAGAUCCACACCCGCUCGCACACAGGUGAGAAACCAUACGUCUGUCCGUACGAGGGCUGCAGCAAGCGAUACUCCAACUCCAGCGACCGCUUCAAGCACACCCGCACACAUUACGUGGACAAGCCGUACUGUUGCAAGAUGGCGGGAUGCCUGAAGCGUUACACCGAUCCCAGCUCGCUACGCAAGCACAUCAAAGCCCACGGGCACUUUGUCAGCCAAGAGCAGAGCGUCCCCAGCAGGCCGGGGCCGGGUGCUCGUCACAGUGGUCAGUGUGCGAUGGAUCCUCCCUCCGCAGGAAGAGGGCAGGUCAUCCUUCCCGGGACAUCGGCAGCGGCCCUCCUGGGGGGUCUGGGGACAUCGCUGCCUAUGUCGGUACUUUGCCACCCUCGCGCUCCGCUCUUCUCCGUGGGGGGAAGGGCAGCCAUGGGCCCGCUCGGACUCGCUGACUCGCCUCUUUUCCACUUCGGACUUACAGCGGCGUCCAUGUUGGGGUUGGGCGCUCUGGGAAGGGUGGGGUGCACAAGCGACCGGGGGCAAAACGGCGAGGCCGAUGAGGCUGAGGCCGACAGGGCGAGGGAGAGGGAGAGGGAGGGGGAGGUUCUGAACCUGUCUGCAGUGGUGGGGCCAGGACGGAGGGAUUCUCUGUCCUGGGUGGUCGUCCCCCCUAGAGCGCUCCUGCUUAAACCAACCGUGGUCAGCUAGAGUGGGUCCCUGAAGGUGGUCUUGAGGGGCAUUUUUACAUUAUAUUUAAUGAUCAACCCACAAGUAUAAUUCCAAGUCAAAAUUGAACUGCCCAAAAAGGGUUCACUUUUUACAAUUUGUAACAUUUUGAUAUAAAUGUGUGACCGAUCCUGAAGCCAUACUAGGUGACCACUGAAUGAGUCAUAAAUGAAAUGUUUGUUUAGGACGUCUGCAGCCAUUAGGGGUCAAAGGGCGCUACAAACAAAACAAGCCGGUCAGUUUUUGAUGUUAAAAGUUGCACUUUAUCCCAUUAGAAACAAACAAAACAGAAAAAGUCCUUUAUUUUGUCUCCUAUGUACAUUCACCACGUUAUACAGUGGGGCAAAAAAGUAUUUAGUCAUCCACCGGUUGUGCAAGUUCUCCCACUUAAAAUGAUGACAGAGGUCUGUAAUUUUCAUCAUAGGUACACUUCAACUGUGAGAGACGGAAUGUGAAAAAAAAUCCAGG